ACGUCACACGUCUCUCGAGGCAACAGAAAUGUCCGCCUCCGCCAGAAGCAUGUCUUCGACAGUCUGCCGAGCUGCGAGAGCUGCUUACAGAGCUUUUAAUCCAGCCACACGUUCACUGAGUACUGGAGCUUGUUUAAGAACGGAAAGCAACCCUGCUGAGGGAUCAAGGGGCUUUAUUGAAUCCACAGAAGAGUUCAGGUUCGUGGAGAGACUUGUUCCUCCUUCACGCAUCCCAACUCCGCCGAAACAUGAAGGCCCUGCACCGUCAGGAUGGAUCCCACCCUCAGCUACGCCACCUUCACUGCCUUACAUGAUCCGUCGCUCCAGAAUGCACAAUGUGCCAGUGUACUCGGACAUCAAGCAUGGGAAUCAGCACAGCACUCUGCUCCGAAAGAUUGAGGGAGACAUAUGGGCCCUGAAUAAGGAUGUCAAGGAAUUCCUGCUGGGGCUUACAGGCAAAGAGCCUCCAACACAGGUCAAUGAAAUAACCAGGACCAUCAGAAUUAAAGGGCAGUUUGAUAAAGAGCUUAAGGACUGGCUAUUGAAGAAGGGAUUUUAAAUGUGAUGUGGGCACAGCUAAAGAACUGAACUGCAAUACAAAGGCUGAGAGGAAAUGUAUAAUAGUGUUCUCUCCUCCUUAAACAGGUGGACAAACUGUAAAUUAUAAUUAGUGUACCAUUUUCAAUACCCGUGUUUUGCUAUUGUAUUAAAGAGUUUGUGAUUAUA